AUGAUCGGGGCCUUCUCGUUCCCAGUGAGCCCCGAGCGGGGCCGGCUGCGGGGCUGGCUGGAGGGCAGCCUGGCCGGGCUCUGCGAGUUGCACUGGCUUCGGGAGAGGCAGGAAUACCGCGUGCAGCAGGCGCUGCGGCUGGCCCAGCCCGGAAUGGGGGGCGCCGAGGCCGAGGACGAGGAGGACGCCGAGGAAGACGAAGAUGCGGCGGCGGCGCGCCGGGCCGCGGCGGCCCUGGAGGAGCAGCUGGUGAGGGGCCGCCUGUCCGUCCGCUUUUAUGAAGAUCCCAGCUGCACAGGAGGUCCAGACUCACCACCCUCAACUUUCUGUGGGGACAGUGGCUUCUCUGGAUCUGGCUCCUACGGACGCCUGGGUCCCUCUGAACCUCGGGGCAUCUAUGCGAGCGAGCGGCCCAAGUCCCUAGGAGACGCCAGUCCCAGCGCUCCCGAGGCGGUGGGUGCUCGGGCCGCCGUGCCGCGAUCCUACUCGGCGCCCUACCCGACGGCGGGAGGCUCGGCGGGCGCGGAGGCCUGCUCGUCCGCGGAGCGGCGGCAGCGCGCGGGGCCUUUCCUGACCACCCGUGGCCUCCCUGGCCGCGCGGCGCGCCGCAAAGCGCCUCCACUGACGCGUGGCCGUAGCGUGGAGCAGUCCCCGCCUCGGGAGCGCCCCCGGGCUGCAGGGCGUCGAGGACGCAUGACCGAGGCCUCAGGACGCCGGGGCUCGCCCAGGGCGCGCAAGACCGCGCGCUCCCAGUCGGAGACCAGCCUGCUGGGUCGCGCUGCCGCGGUCCCUCCCGGUCCUCCCAAGUACCCCACGGCUGAACGUGAAGAACCACGGCCGCCCCGGCCCCGGCGCGGCCCAGCGCCCACGCUCGCAGCCCAGGCCGCAGGCGCCUGCCGUCGCUGGCGCUCCACCGCGGAGAUCGACGCCGCGGAUGGGCGCCGCGGCCGACCCCGCGCCCCCGCGGCCCGCGGCCCUGGUCCUGGCCCAUCCCCGUCAGCUCCUCAGCGCCGUCUGCUCUACGGCUGUGCGGGUAGCGACUCGGAGUGCUCGGCUGGGCGCCUGGGGCCCAUCGGACGCCGGGGACCCACGGGCGGAGGCGGUGGCUACGGAGAGAGCGAGUCCAGCGCCAGCGAGGGGGAGUCACCUGCCUUCAGCUCCGCAUCCAGCGACUCAGACGGCAGCGGUGGCCUCGUGUGGCCACAGCAGCUAGUGGCAGCCACCGCGGCCUCCGGGCCGGGGGGUGGCGCAGGUGGAGGGGCGCCCGCAGGCCCUGCCAAGGUCUUUGUGAAGAUAAAGGCUUCCCACGCACUGAAGAAAAAGAUUCUGCGUUUCCGUUCGGGUUCUCUCAAGGUCAUGACUACAGUGUGA